AUGUCCAUCAUGGCAUACCACGCCAAGACGGCGUUCCUCUUCACUAGCAACAAUAUCAACGACAUAGUCACCACGGGCGUCUUGUUCGGCGCCCUCCAUGGCCGGGUGGCAGCCAGCAUCUCCAUGGGCCCCUCAUUGUCCUGGACGCAGAUCCUGGCGGCAACACCCGCCAUGGUACUCUGGUCGUGGUGCAACCUCUUCCUCUUCAACCUGCACAACCAACGCCACCCCUCGGCGGUCGCCGAAGAUGCCCGGAACAAACCUUGGCGGCCGAUCCCGUCCGGCCGCAUAACGCCGGGGCAGACAACCGCAGUCAUGCUCUGCAUGUACCCCGUGGUGCUGAUGGUCGCGCUCGCGGUCGGCGGGCUCGGCCCGUGUCUGCUCCAGGCCGCGUUGUCCUUGUGGUACAACGAGCUGGACGGGGCGUCCCACCCGUUUAUCAAGAACUUGCUGAAUGGCCUCGGCGAUGCCUGCUUGUUCGCCGGACCCCUCGAGGUGGUCACGGGCCGUUCGGUCUUCUCGGGACGAGGCGAGGCAGCCCGGUGGCUGGCCAUCCUGGCUGCGGCCAUCACCACGACGGUGCAUACCCAAGACUUCCGCGACUGCGAGGGCGACAAGGCUACUGGGCGCAGGACGGUGCCUCUCGUGAUCGGGGAUACGAACGCCAGGUUGAUGGCGGCUGCGGGCUUCGCCAUCUGGACUGCCGUAUCGUGUUGGUAUUGGGGGAUCGGCCUAGGAAUAUGCAAGGCCGGGGUGGGCGUCUGGGUGGCGGCUGCGCUUCUUGUCACGAAUCUGUUCCGCGAUAGGAGUCAGCGUGGGGAUUCGUUUACAUGGAAACUCUAUGCGUUGUGGCUCUUGGGCCUGUUUGCUUUGCCACCGAUGGCACUCCAAGGGGGCCUCUAG